AUGGUUCAAUCCGCCGUUCUCGGUUUCCCCCGUAUGGGUAAGCUCCGUGACCUGAAGAAGGCCACUGAAGCUUACUGGGGUGGCAAGAUCUCCCAGGAUGACCUCCUCGCUGAGGGUAAGCGUCUCCGUGCUGAGCACUGGAAGAUCCAACAGGCUGCUGGUGUCGACUCCAUCCCCAGCAACGACUUCGCCUUCUACGAUCAGUUCCUGGACCACUCCCAGCUCUUCGGUGUCAUCCCUGAGCGUUACAGCAAGCACAAGCUGAGCCCUCUCGAUGAGUACUUCGCCAUGGGCCGUGGUCACCAGAAGAACGGUGUCGAUGUCCCCGCUCUGGAGAUGGUUAAGUGGUUUGACUCCAACUACCACAUUGUCAAGCCCGCUGUCCAGGAGAACCAGAAGUUCACCCUGAACGCCAACCCCAAGCCCGUUGUUGAGUUCAAGGAGGCCCUUGAGCUUGGCAUCAAGACCACCCCCGUCAUCGUCGGUCCCGUUACCUUCCUGGCUCUCGCCAAGGCCGACCGUGGUCAGAACGUUGAUCCCAUUGACCUGCUCCCCGCUCUUCUGCCCCUCUAUGUCGACCUCCUGGCCCAGCUGAAGGCUGCUGGCGCCGAGAGCGUGCAAUUGGAUGAGCCUGUCCUUGUUUUGGACUUGAACCCCAAGGUCAAGGCUGCUUUCAAGCCUGCCUACGAGGCCCUGGGCAACCUGGGCGCUAAGGCCCCCAAGAUUACCCUGGCCACCUACUUCGGAGAUAUUGUCCACAACAUUGAGGUUCUGAAGGACACCCAGAAUGUUGAUGCUAUCCACGUCGACCUUGUCCGCAACCCCGAGCAGGUUGAUGCCGUUAUCGCUGCCCUGGGUCCUAACCAGACUCUGUCCGCCGGUGUUGUCGAUGGUCGUAACAUUUGGCGCUCUGAUUUGGGUAAGAAGAUUGAGCUGCUUGAGCGCAUCCAACAAUCAAUUCCUGCUACUAGGCUGCGCAUCGCUACCUCUUCCUCGCUGCUCCACACCCCUCACACCCUCGAGAGCGAGAAGAAGCUCGACCCUGAGGUUCGUGAGUGGUUCAGCUUCGCUAGCGAGAAGGUCAAGGAGGUUGUUGUCCUUGCCAAGGCUAUCACCCAGGGCCCCGCCUCUGUUGCUGCUGAAUUGGAAGCAAACGCUGCCGCGAUGAAGUCUCGGGCUACAUCUACACGCACCAAUGACCCCGCUGUCAAGGCUCGUCAGGCCGCAGUGACCGAAAAGGACCAUCUCAGGAAAUCGGCCUUCCCCGUGAGAAUUGCACUGCAAACCAAGGAGAUCAAGCUCCCUCUUUUCCCCACCACCACCAUUGGUUCCUUCCCCCAGACCCAGGAGAUCCGUAUCCAGCGCAACAAGUUCACCAAGGGUGAAAUCACUGCUCAGGAGUACGAGAAGUUCAUUGAGAAGGAGAUCGAGCACGUUGUCAAGCUCCAGGAGGAUCUUGACUUGGACGUCCUGGUCCACGGCGAGCCGGAAAGAAACGACAUGGUUCAAUAUUUCGGAGAACGCCUCAACGGCUAUGUCUUCACUACUCAUGCUUGGGUUCAGAGCUACGGGUCCCGUUGUGUCCGCCCCCCUAUUAUCGUGGGUGACAUCAGCCGCCCGGCACCCAUGACCGUGAAGGAGAGUGCCUAUGCCGUUUCUCUCACCAAGAAGCCCAUGAAGGGUAUGCUUACUGGCCCUAUCACCUGCCUUCGGUGGUCUUUCCCCCGUGAUGAUGUCCACCAGAGCGUCCAGGCCCAGCAGCUUGCUCUGGCCCUGCGUGACGAGGUCAUCGAUCUUGCAAACGCUGGUGUCAAGGUUAUCCAGGUCGACGAGCCCGCCCUUCGUGAGGGUCUCCCUCUUCGCACUGGCUCCGCACGUGAGGCUUACGUGAAGUGGGCUGUGAACGCUUUCAAGCUCUCCACUGCCGGUGUCGAGGACAAUGUCCAAAUCCACUCUCACUUCUGCUACUCUGAGUUCCAAGAUUUCUUCCACGCCAUUGCUGCCCUUGACACCGAUGUUCUGUCCAUCGAGAACAGCAAGUCCGAUGCUAAGCUGCUCAAGGUCUUCGUUGACCAGAGCUUCGAUGCCCACAUCGGCCCCGGUGUCUACGAUAUCCACUCUCCUCGUGUUCCCACCGAGGAGGAGAUCAAGGAGCGUAUUGAGCAGAUGCUCCAGUUCCUCAAGCCCGAGCAGCUCUGGAUCAACCCUGACUGUGGCCUGAAGACCCGUACUGAGGAGCAAACUGUCGGUCAGCUCAAGUCCCUCGUGGCUGCGGCUAAGUACUUCCGCGAGAAGUACUCCAAGUAA